UCCUAGAUCUAUUUAAAAAAACCCUAGAUCUAUGAAGGAGGUGAAAGGUCGAACUUGCGACUACUCUCAACCAUCCCCAAAGGGUUUUGCAUACAUCCACUAAAUCAAACCUGUAACGCAAUUACUAGCAGUUGGAUUUACAAUUUUGUUUUUCUUUUUGAUAACUGAACUGGACUCCCACAAUUCAGCCAAACAUGCCACUAGGGUUAUGGGUCAGAUUUCUCUGGCAUCAACAUGGUAGUCUUGUGGGUCCCAAUGGUCCAUUAUUUUUCACCACCCCAUCAAUUGUCUAGUACUUUGUUUUCUGUAUGUGCUGGUUUUGUUUUGGGAGUCAAUUGUCCGGUAGAAUCAAAACCAACCUUUUAUUUUAGUUACAUGGCUUUUGGAAGUUUGCAAUGAGAUUAGGGUUCAGGGGACCAAAAGAAGGUGCCGUAGCUGAAACCUGAACUGUUUAGUUUCGGUUAUCGACUUGCAGUGGCUACCUUUUUUAAGUGAUGUGUUUAGUUCUGGAGCCUGAAGAUGUUCCAUUGAACUUCAAAUUUGGUGCUCAAGAAAGUAAACAUGUUGAGAUGAAUAAUCUAGCCCCGAAAAUCAAAGAAGAACCUAGAGAGACUGUCGAUUCGAGUUCAUCGUCUUGUAAGAAGGAUGAAUUAUGUUCGGACAUGCUAAUGUGGUUAAGGACCGUUGCACUUGAUCCUUGCAAGCAAAGACAACCACUGGUGAAACUUAGGAACAGACAGAUACUUAAAGCGCGAGAAUAUCUCUCUCUGGACACUACUAAAUUUUCUUGGAAGAAACGGAAACUUAUACUGCUACAAAAAAAUAGUGCAGUUACCUCUUCCCCUCCUCUAGCAAAACCAAAUGAGCAAAGUUAUUUUGCUUCUUCAGUUUCACGUUUAAUCAAUAGCACUGACUCCCCUGAAAGCUCUCAGCGAUGUCAUCACAAGCCUCCCAUCUCUGUUGGGUCAUCGAGAUAUCGUGAAAGUCUCUCAAGGAAACAGGUCUCCAAUAAUCAUUUUUACGAAUCUGUUGGUUCAACUAGUGUUGCAUCUACUGCAAUAAAACCGAACUUACAGAGCAGACACAGAGUGACCAAGUUACUGAAGCCGAUCAACAAUCUUCCAGUGAAGCGGGUGCGUAUACAUCAAGCUAAGAUAACCAACAAAAACAUUCCACCUUUGUCCAACUCCAAUGAUUUAUUAGAUAAUUCAAGUAGGUAUAGUGGAAAUGAUUCAGUAGAUAAUUCAUGUACGUUGAAUGAUAAUCAAAUGGAGCACAUGACAGCUCGUAGAUCACCCAGGUUACAGAACUUCAUCGGCGAUUAUCUUCCAAGACUUGCAAUUCCAGUUGGCCCACGUUUUCAGGCUGACAUUCCUGAUUGGAUCGGGGCGAGGGAAAGUGAUAAUUUCUCCACUGACAAUCAAAGUGAUUCAAGGUAUGUGGGUACCAAGAUAUGGCCAGUUGAAGGAAAAACCACAGAAGAUAGUAAAGAAAAAAGGAUAGGAAAGGGGAGAUCCUACACAUGCUCCUGCAAGUUUAUGGGAUCUGUAAGUUGCAUCAAGCUCCACAUAUUUGAGAAAGGAUGCCAGCUACGAGCUGAUCUAGGAUCUGUAUUCUUUACUUGGAAAUUUGAUGAAAUGGGUGAGGAAGUUUCUAAGUCGUGGACUGCAGUGGAACAGCAAUGUUUUGAAUCUCUUGUGAAGACGAAUCGUAUAACCCAGACCGAUAGUUUCUUGGUAUCUGCAUUGAAGCAAUUAUCUGGAAAAUGCAGAAAAAGUAUAGUCAGUUACUACUUUAAUGUGUAUAUUCUUAGACGCAUGAGCAAACAUGCCAGAUUAGGCACUGAACUUGUAGAUAGUGACGAUGACAACGACGACAAUGAUGAUGCUUUCGGGAUGGAGAGCACUCCCAAACGCAGAAACACCAAAUACUUGAGUCAAGGCCGUUGAGAUAACUGCACCUGCUCUCUGUUUUGCACUCUCUGAUACACCGAAGCGAGGUUGGUAGCUUCAACUCUGUUGUCUUGUCUCCUUAUAUUUUUUUAUUUUCAGAUAUAAGCAAUUAGUAGGUAGUUUAGCUGUACAUGUGAGCCCAAAAUCUUUUUUCGAGCAACUUGGUCUGUUUCCUCGUGUUACACCCAAGCUUUUUUUGUAUGCUUAAAGACUAAGGGCUAGAAAACUUUUUUGUUACCUAAAGAAAGUAAAUGCAUUGGCUUUGGAA